AUGGGAGGAGGCAACGGCCAAAAGGCAAAGAUGGCUCGCGAGAGGAACCUCGAGAAGCAGAAGGGCGGCAAAGGAAGCCAGCUUGAAACAAACAAAAAAGCCAUGUCGAUCCAGUGCAAGGUGUGCAUGCAGACAUUUAUCUGUACCACAUCAGAAGUGAAGUGCAAGGAGCAUGCUGAGGCCAGACACCCUAAAUCUGAUCUCUUCACCUGUUUUCCUCAUCUUAAACCCUAA